CGUCCGAACGAGAGUUCCCGGUACCCCGCGCCGGCGCGAUGUGGGUGUCGCUGCUGCUACUGGCUGCGCUGCUGCUGGUCAUCCUCGGCAAAGUUUACAAGGGGCUGUUCUCAGGCAGCUCCCCAAACCCCUUCUUGGAGGAUGUCAAACGGCCACCCGCGCCUCUGGUGACUGACAAGGAGGCCAGGAAGAAGGUUCUCAAGCAAGCUUUCUCGGUCAGCCGAGUGCCAAAGAAUCUGGAUGUGGUGGUGAUUGGCAGUGGCUUCGGGGGCUUGGCGGCAGCUGCGAUCCUAGCCAAAACUGGCAAGCGAGUUCUCGUUCUGGAACAACAUACCAAGGCAGGAGGCUGUUGUCAUACCUUUGGAAAGAAUGGCCUUGAAUUUGACACGGGAAUCCAUUACAUUGGGCGUAUGCAGGAGGGCAGCUUUGACCGUUUUAUCUUGGAUCAGAUCACUGAGGGGCAGCUAGACUGGGCUGCCUUGCCCUCUCCCUUUGACAUCAUGGUACUAGAAGGGCCUGAUGGCCGAAAAGAGUUUCCCAUGUACGCGGGGAUGAAAGCCUACAUUCAGGGCCUCAAGGACAAGUUUCCCCAGGAAGAAGCUGCCAUUGACAAGUAUAUGAAGCUGGUUAAGGUGGUAUCCCGUGGAGCCUUUUAUGUUAUCCUGUUGAAGAUCCUCCCACUGCCUGUGGCUCAGCUUCUCACCAAGUAUGGGCUGCUUACCCGCUUCUCUCCGUUCCUUCGUGCGUCCACCCAGAGCCUGGCUGAGGUCCUGCAGCAGCUCCCCGCCUCCCCGGAGCUCCAGGCCGUGCUCAGCUACAUCUUCCCCACUUACGGUGUGACCCCCAGCCACACCACCUUUGCCAUGCACGCUCUGCUGGUUAACUACUACUUAAAAGGGGCCUUUUAUCCCCGAGGGGGCUCCAGUGAGAUUGCCUUCCACACCAUCCCUGUGAUUCAGCGGGCCGGGGGCGCUGUCCUCACAAGGGCCCCUGUGCACAGCAUCCUGCUUGACUCAGCUGGGAAAGCCUGUGGUGUCACUGUGAAGAAGGGUGAGGACCUGGUGAACAUCUAUUGCCCCAUCGUGAUCUCCAGUGCGGGAUUAUUCAACACCUACGAGCACUUGCUGCCAGAGCAGGCCCGCUGUCUGCCAGGUGUGAAGCGGCAGCUGGGGAUGGUUCGGCCCGGCCUGAGCAUAUUCUCUGUCUUCAUCUGCCUCCGAGGCACCAAGAAGGACCUGGAGCUGCCGACCACCAACUACUAUAUUUAUUUUGACAAAGACAUGGACAAGGCGAUGGAGCACUAUGUCUCUCUGCCUGGGGACAAGGCCGCCGCGCACAUGCCCCUUCUCUUCAUUUCCUUCUCGUCGGCCAAGGACCCAACUUGGGAGGACAGGUACCCAGACCGGUCGACAGCAGUCAUACUAAUACCCACCUCAUACGAGUGGUUCAAGGAGUGGCGGGACGAGCCCCAGGGAAAGCGGAGCAGUGCCUAUGAGACCCUCAAGAGCUCCUUUGUUGAAGCCGCUGUGUCGGUCUUCCUGAAGCAGUUCCCACAUCUGGAAGGGAAGGUGGACAGUGUGACUGGAGGGUCCCCACUGAGCACUCAGUUCUACCUGGCGGCUCCCCAGGGGGCCUGCUACGGGGCUGACCAUGACCGGGGCCGCCUGCAUCCUGGUGCGAUGGCCUCCAUAAGGGCCCAGAGCCCCAUCCCAAACCUCUACUUGACAGGCCAAGAUAUCCUCACCUGUGGGUUGAUUGGAGCCCUGCAAGGGGCCUUGCUGUGCAGCAGUGCCAUCCUGAAGCGGAACUUGUACUUAGACCUUUGGAAGCUUGGCUCGCGGAUCCAGGCCCAGAAGAAGAAGAAUUAGUUGGCUCAGGGAGGAGUCAGAGGAACUGCCUCACCUGUGUUUCUGCAUUAGUUCCUUAAUCACGUAAAGCACUCUAAUUAUUGUUUCUCACUUCUGGAUUCAGGUCCAACACACAGGUCUAGCAUAGAUGGUGAUUCUUAAACUGAAGCUCUUUCACACCUUUAGAACAUGCUGUUCCUACAAAACGCCCAGUGUGGGCUACUGACAUGGGUGGCUUUCAUGGCCCGUCAAGCUGCGCUCUGCAUCCCACACCCAUACCUCCUAAGUCUGAGCCAUCAAAUGGAAUAUUCUCAUCAGGUGGCUAGAACCCUCGAGAGCAUGGGUCGGCUAAAGCAGGGAGGGUCCCGUUGGCCUGAGGCUUCUCCUCCUGUUGCCCCUUAGUGCCUCAUUGCAGUUCUACACAACAGAGAGGUGUCUGGUGACCAUGGUUUGGCUUGUAGUUCCACAGGCUCAGAGGAUGCAGAUCCCAUUUUUCUGUUUCCAGUGGCUCUUCUGAGAGUGUGGGGAAACUCCUGUGAUAUGGUCCACGUGGAUGUGGGGGUUGGCAGUGGACAGGACGUGUUAGUUAGCAAGGUAUAUACGUUAUGGGAGAACAUCCAAUUGGUAUGUGGCUGGGGCCUAGGCUUGUUUUCCUUAUGACUGGGGUCAUGAUGGGUUCUCACCGUGUCAGCUCCAGGAUACCCUCCCCGACCUCAGGGCCUGAGCACCAAGGUGUAGCUUCCCAAAAUACACAGCAGUCAGGGCAGAGGCCUAGAAAGACAGCUUCACUGGGGUUGACACAGGCAGGAAGCAUUCCAGCCAAGGGCACAGCACAGGACAAACACUGGGAGGUAACGAGUGUAUUAUGACGAGCAGCCGUUACCUCUGGCCUAGAACCAGGGCUGCCUGGGGAGCAGGAAUGGGGUUGGAGGUAAGGAUCAGGUCAUGGAAAGUUACAGAAUGUGUGUGAUGCCUGGGAAUGCAUUUGCAGUGUGUUGGAACUUACACGGGGAUUGGAUGGGAAGGUGAGUGAAGGUGCUAACGGGUAAAAAAAAAAAA